AUCUAACAUCCCAGACAGUCAAAGUCUCGAACAUACCUUCAUUUCGACCUUUCAAUACCCUCUCCGUCCGCAUCCAUCAUCUCCUCGUCCUUUUCACAUUGUGCCACUGAGAUAUCAUCGUCUCGGAGCCCAACAAGGCCACAGAUUCAAGAUGCCUACUCCGAAACGAACGAAAGUCACCACCUCCCCACGCUCUGCGGGAAAGCAACUACUGCAAAUGUUCUUGGGUGCUGUUCAGAUCGACCUCGAUUUCAUCCACCGAACUGAAGAAGAGAAAGCAAUGCUUGCACGCCUCAUUCUUACGACUGACAUCCAGGAGGAAGAUCUGGCCUGGUUGCAGCAACGACUGGAGGGUCUCAGAUCUCGCACCCGGUCAGUCGCACAGGUGCUCGAGGUCUGCGUGAACUACUACCGAGGACUACUCGGACGCAACGCCAGCAGAUACAUGACUGUCACCGAGCGAGUUGUGCACGAAGCGAGGAAAGAAGUGGCCGAUGGCUACUUGAAACUGACUGAACCGGCGGCAGCUCGACUUGGACAGUGGCUGAGAGAUUAUGCCGAUCUUCGUGGCCGAGUCAAUGACGGUGCGAUCAGAGUUCGGCGCUUGAAGCAUGGAAAGGAAAUGGCGAGGGUGCUGGACAGUUGUAUGGAAUUCGAGCAGCAGGCGGAGGUCCUGGUCUCGGUCGUCUUAGCCUUGCGCGCGGAGUUCGACAGCGUUGAGCAAGUUAUCAAAGAGCAGGAGAGUUUUACCGAGGAGGGAGAGGAGAAGGCGGAGGGAGGAAGUGAGAGUGCAACUAAAUCGAAAGUGAAGAUCCGAGGUGUCCUGAGUAUGCACGGCUCUUGAGAGAAGUUGUUGUGAGAAAUGCUCAGGGCGGGCUGGAGCGAGUAUUUCACCUGGGGAUGUACGGAGUAAAGAUUGGAUUCAACAGGAUAUCCGCUUGAUGGUCUGGACAUAAGGAUGGAAGUGUUUCGAAGCUUGACCUCGAGGUGUGCAGUAUUCGAGGCCGGUCAAACAUCAAUGGUUG